AUGGUCGAGACAAGCAACCUGCGCGGUGCAGAAAAGCUCCUGAGGCGCAUCUGGGCAGCCUGUGAGCGCAUGCAGCCGCCAGACGAUGUCAUGCGCGCAAGAGUGCUGCACGAUUUUGCAGCUGUGCUGUGCAGCCUGCAGAGAGGCUACGAGGCAGAACAGCUGUGCAGGGCAGCUCUGCUGGAUUUUGAAGCAAGUGACACACCAGCGAGGAGCGUGGCGGCUGCGAUCUAUAAACAGAUCCUGGCUGAAGCAAUACUGGCGCCUCGUUUUCGGCAGAUGCGGCCGCAGGAUGCUGCAGAAGCAGAGCAGCUGCUAAGGGAGGCGCUAGCAGAAUCUCAGCAAGAGCCAACCUUAGAGCCCAGCACCGUCGCAGAGAUACAUGCGGGGCUCUCACGCUCGCUGGGCAAGCAGGACAAGACCUCCGAGGCCCUGCAGGGCCGAAAAGAGGAGGUGAUUGCAACAGAGCUGGUCAGGGACUUGCGCGAUGGCAUUGUGGCUGGCUGCAGCAGCUACAACGCCGAGAAAGUUCGGAUGUUGGUUAUAGAGUGUUUCCAGGACCUGCGCAUCGCCCAAGAGGCCGUCGAGAUGUGCCAGCUUGCAGCACAGCAGCUACUGGAUGCUUUGGCGACGGACGAGCUGGCGGCAUAA